CUUGCGGCAUUUUGCUGAAAGUUUUGGUAUGAGAGGAAAAUUUCGCAUCGGAAAAACUUUUCUUAUUGCCAUUUUUCGCAAAAUUUAGUUCGUUUGCUACCCCGGUAGCCGGAAAUCGGUUCGUUAGUGCGGAUUGUUUUGAUUGGCGGUGUUUGUGGGCGCAUUUGGAACCGAAUAGUUUGGGAAAUAACGGCCGAAAGAAACCGAUUGGUUUGGAGUCCUACUUCUACGCUGGAGUUUACUGGCGAAUGAGGAAGAAAGAUGGCCGAUGGCGUGGAUAUUGAUUUGUAUGCCGACGAUUUGGAGCAGGAUUUUUCACAAAAUAACGAGGAAUUUGGCGGAGAAGGUGGUGAUUUGUACGAUGAUGUGAUCACUCCAUCUGGGGACCAUGGGAGGAGAAAUUCUGGAAGCGGUCCAUCGAUUGAGCGGUUGGAUGGUGUUGACACUAAUGGUGCUUACCACCACCAUGGGCCAGGGCCAAUGAAUCAUAUGGCUCGGAGGUUUCAGUUGUACGUGGGAAACCUGUCCUGGUGGACGACUGAUCAGGAUAUUGCCGACGCCAUUACGGAUGUGGGCGUCAAUGAUUUUCAGGAAGUCAAAUUCUUCGAAAACCGUGCCAACGGACAGUCGAAAGGAUUCUGCGUCGUAUCGCUGGGAUCGGAGAAUAGUAUGCGGUAUGUGAUGGAUCGUCUCCCAAAAAAGGAAUUGCACGGCCAGAAUCCUGUUGUGACUUUGCCGACAAAACAAGCGUUAAAUCAGUUUGAAAGCCAGCAAAAAACGAGACCAACUCCACCGGCCCAAGGACAAGUUAACGGGCCACCGAGGCCACCGGGGGGACCGAACAUGGGCAUGGGUAUGGGAUGUCCACCGGGAGGUCCCAUGGGUGGACCUGGAGGUCCAGGAGGGCCCAACGGACCAGGUGGUCCACCACGUAUGGGAAUGGGUCCCAAUAUGCCACCUGGAAUGAGACCCCCCCAUAAUCACCCCAUGCCAGGUCCGAUGCAUAUGGGAGGCCCACCGGGACCAGGAGGACCGCAACGGCCGCAGGGUCCGCCAAUGCAUCAAGGAAACGGACCUCCACAGCAAGGUCCACCGCGAUUCCAAAACCAAGGUCAAUGGAAUGGGCCACCAAGGAUGAAUGGUCCAAGACCUGGUGGACCGGGUGGGCCAGGUCCGAUGCCACAUAGACCGCAAAUGGUAAAUAAACCGCCUUACCCAUCACAGAGAUCACAGAGAUUCAUGGAUUACCAGGGACCUCCGUCGCGUGGUCCUCGUCCGGAUUGGAAUGGACCUCCUAUGCAUGGUGGACCUGGUGGUUUUCCACCUGGACCGCCUGGACCACGACAAGGGCCUCCCCAUAUGCAAGGCCCAUCUCGCGGGCCUCCGAUGGGUGGUCCUGGACCACAAGGUCCUGCGCCCCACGUGAAUCCGGCAUUCUUCAACCAGGGAGGCGGUCCGCCCAACCAUCCUAAUGGAGGACCUGCACCGCACGGUCCACCAUCCGGGCAAGGCCCUCCACCCCACUUCAAUCCACAGGGAGGAGCAGCACCUCGUGGUCCGUGGCCAGGUCCCGGUGGGAAGCCUCCGGGAGGUCCAUUCCCAGAGCAUGGCAUUGCGCCACAGUUGAGCGAAGCAGAAUUUGAAGAGAUUAUGACCCGAAACCGCACAGUGAGCAGUUCAGCUAUCGCCAGAGCCGUUUCGGAUGCCGCAGCCGGAGAAUAUUCGAGUGCAAUUGAAACGCUGGCUACGGCGAUAUCGUUGAUCAAACAGUCAAAGGUGGCUCACGACGAGCGUUGCAAGAUCCUGAUCAGCUCGCUUCAGGACACUCUGCAUGGUAUUGAAACGAAGAGCUACAGCCGACGGGAACGGUCCAGAUCCCGUGAUCGUUCGUCGCAUCCUCGUUCGAGAUCACGUCGGGAGCGAUCCACUUCACGUGGCUAUCGUGAACGUUCCCGCGAGAGAGAACGUAGCGACCGUGAUCGUGAUCGGGACCGUGAGAGAGAUGGCUCGAGACGUUCUCGGCCACGCAACAAAACUCCGGAGACAACAACGGAAACCUCGACGGAAAACUCAAAACGCUACUAUAACGAUGACCGUUACAGAUCAUCGGAUCGUGAUCGCGAACGAGACCGCGAUCGUGAACGCCGUGAGGAACAUCGUUCGCGGCAUUAAGCUUGCACAUUGAGUGAGACUCAACCAAUAGCUCGCUUUCAAAAGAAUCAUAUGCAAGCGUUCAAAAAUGAUAGGAACGCUUUCGAAAUUUAUUUUUUCUGUUGUUUUUACACAUUGCCAAGUUGUAGAAUUUCUACUGCGGCAUCACUUUUUGGAAAAGUGUUUCAACUUUCUUCAGACACACACACACACACAUCCACACACAACUUAAUAUUGACUUCUUUUUGUGUGUCGCCGCAAAAAGCAAGCACUCCCAUCAAUAGUUUCUAGGGAAAAUGUUUAGAUUAUUAACUCUCGCUCGAAAAUGGGCGGUAAUCUGAAUUUUAAUACUUGAAAGUGAAGGAUAUCGUACCCUAAGAGCUAGGGUACCUGUUCCGCAAAAGCACGUCAUCCUUUACAGCGGGACAGUUGAUUGUAAUUAAAUUUUCUGUGUUGCGAUCCCAGACGAAGGAUCGAGAAACCAAGAAUACUAAAAGGGCGGUGCUUUAUGUGCUGCUGACUAGUAAAGUUAAACUUAUCACACUCUAAUAGUAGAUGUAAUGACCGAUUCCCAUAUAACAACAAUACACCAUUAAGGAACAACAGUUCACCCCGAAACAAUCUAGAAAUGAAAAUAGAAUUCAUCAAUUCUUCCAUCCGUCUCACGUCGUCUGCUACGCGAUGAACAUAGGGGCGGACUUCUGCGCUCGUUCCAACGCUUUUCGUGACGGAUCAACGGACAAACGCACGUCGAACAUGAACAAUCACCAUCGACAUCGUUCGAGCAUCGGAUCCAGUGGCGUAGCAGUGUUGAGUGUAGCAGCAAAAUGCAAAAAAAAGAAGAUUGUAUUCAAUUUAUUGAUUAAACUAAUUACAAUGAUAACCAAAAAAAAAAGAAGAGAACAAAACCUGUACCGUGUAUUUUUCUAUAGCUAAUUAAGAGUCAGAAUGUGCAUUUAAGAUUAGUAUCUAUAAGUUGUGUUUAGUUCGCUGUUUUCAUAGUAGUAUUAUUUAUCUUGCUUUUUAUUUCGUUAUCAAACUUCCGUUUCCGAACCAUUUCCGUACUCUGUAAGACAUUCGAUUUUUGGGAGUGGUUUUCUGUUUUGUUUUUAUUUUCUUUUAUAUCAACCUAACGCAUCUAGUAUGCCAAAGAUAUCACUUAUUGUAAAUAGUAACGAAAAGACUGAUGUAUUUGUUUUUGUGACUGAUAGGUAGUUCGAAUUAUUUUAUACUACAAAAUCUACGCGUGACAUUGGUGUGGGUACUGUUUGUAGCAUGAUUACCGAAAUUCUGAAGUUCUAUAACUCUGUGAUAUUGUAGUAUGUAGGAUAAGAGCGCAACAAUGCUUCCGAAAAUGUGUACCCGAGAAAAAAAAACCUAUGACUCACACUGUAUUACUUACUAGAGCGUUACUGAUUAAGUUUAACAAACUUACCGCGGAUUCCUAUAUGUAAGGGAUUAGCUCCAAAAGGGCUGUUCCAGAGCUAUCUCAAAAUGUCUUCGCUUAACUUUUCCUAUGAAGCAUAGAUUUGUCAACUUCGGAUUAGGAAGCCAUACAAAUCCUUCUAACUGUAAGCAAUUGUAACAGAAAUGGUAAAACUAUUUAUAUGUUCUACAAUGGGCUUUGAACUGUUGCAAGAAUUGUUCAUAAGACGAUACCAAAGAUCUAUGUAAAUGUACAAAAAUCCAGCAAGUUCUUCUCAAUUUUUACAAUCACUUAUACAAUUUUGAAACCUUGCAAAUUGUAUCUACACAAGGAAUAAUGCAGUGCAUACUAUGUAGUGUUCCAACUUCUGUUAAAACAAAUCCUAUUGUUAGAUAACGCAUAGUCUACCAUAAAUCAUACCAUUGUAAGCAAUCAAUUGUAGAACAUCUGCCUACCUUCUGCUUUGCCUAUCACUACGAUUGUUUAGUGAUGUACCUACAAACAAAAUAUAUUAUUUGAUGCAA